ACAUUUCAUUUCUUUCAUUACAGCACCGCUGGCGAACGGUAUAAAGGAGAGAGUGGUGUGGAAAUUAAAUCGAAAAAUAAUUUUAUUUAGAAAUAAAUAUGACCGAUAAAAUAAACCCUGAUUUACAAAGAGAAAGGGAUAAGUGCACAUUUAAUGUGACUGAAUUAACCAAUUUUAUUGACGGAGGUGUAAUAAACACUGAGGAGCGUAGGAAACGAGAGGACCUUUUGCUUAAAGAGGGUAUUCAUUUGGAAGAGGUGCCAUCUGAGUAUCUAAGCCAUAAAGAAAAAUAUGAACUGGCCGUCAAGAAAGCAUGCCUUCUAUUCAAAGUCAUCAGAAGAAUGCAAGAAGAAGAGAGUACUGGCAUGGAAAAUUUCAUGUCUGUACUCGGUGGGACCCUGGGUUCUGCCAUACUGUCGGAUGGGUCCCCCUUAACCCUGCAUUAUGUGAUGUUCAUCCCCACUCUCUUGGGUCAAGCUACAGUGGAACAACAGGCAUAUUGGAUCGGAAGAGCGUUCAAUUUGGACAUCAUUGGUACUUAUGCUCAGACCGAAUUGGGACACGGCACAUUCAUCCGAGGACUAGAAACAACAGCAACAUACGACCCUAACACCAAAGAGUUUGUGUUGCACAGCCCUACGCUUACCUCCUACAAAUGGUGGCCAGGCGGACUUGCCCACACAGCCAACUACUGUAUUGUGAUGGCCCAAUUGUACACUAAAGGCGAAUGCCAUGGUCUCCACCCGUUCAUAGUGCAACUGCGUGACGAGGAAACCCAUAUGCCACUAAAGGGAAUAAAAAUAGGCGAGAUUGGGGCCAAAUUGGGAAUGAACGGGACAAAUAAUGGAUUCCUUGGCUUCGAACAUGUGAGGAUACCGAGAGAUCAUAUGCUGAUGAAGAAUUCUAAAGUGCUUGAAGACGGCACGUAUGUCCACUCUCUAAACUCGAAGCUGACGUAUGGCACAAUGAUGUUCGUUCGAGUCGUGUUAGUGCAGGACAUGUGCACGUACAUGGCUAAGGCUGUCACCAUCGCGACUAGAUACUCCGCAGUAAGGAGGCAGUCGCAACCUAAACCUGACGAACCCGAACCUCAAAUCCUGGACUACGUGACGCAACAGCACAAACUCAUGAUCGGCAUUGCAACAGUACACGCGUUCAGGCUCAGCGCUAAUUGGCUGUGGCACAUGUACAACAAUGUCAUCGCUGAAUUGGAUACGGGAGACCUGGAACGGUUGCCUGAGCUCCACGCGCUGUCGUGCUGCAUCAAAGCGGUGACGACAUCGGACGCGGCGGAGUGCGUGGAGCGGUGCCGCCUGGCGUGCGGCGGACACGGCUACAUGCUGGCCUCCAACCUGCCCACCACGUACGGGAUGGUCACCGCUGCCUGCACUUACGAGGGGGAGAACACUGUGCUACUGCUCCAGACUGCUAGAUACCUAGUGAAGGCGUGGCAGCAGGCGGCAGGCGGUAACGCCUUACCACCAACAGUAUCGUAUCUGUCGGGAGGCGAGGGUCGCCGCUCCCCGCCCUGGGACAACUCCGUGCCGCACAUACUGGACGGAUUCCAGAGGGUCGCUAGAGGUAAAAUCAGCCUGUGCGUGGCCAACAUCGAGAAACGUCAAAAGAGUGGACUCUGUUACGAGGAUGCGUGGAACUUGACCUCUGUGCAGCUGGCCAAUGCUUCAGAGGCCCACUGUCGCCUGAUACUCCUGUCGACAUACUACUCGGAGACACAGACGCUCUCACAGAAUCUGUCGCCAGCUCUGAGGCAAGUGUUGACGCUGCUGGUGGAGCUCUAUGUGGUCUACUGGGCGCUGCAGAGGGUCGGCGACCUGCUCAGGUUCACGUCGAUAUCGGAGCGCGACAUCGAGCGGCUGCAGCGCUGCUACGAGGAGCUGCUGGCGCGGCUGCGCCCCGACGCUGUGGCGCUCGUGGACGGCUUCGACUUCAGGGACGAGAUUCUACACUCUGCCCUGGGUUCAUACGACGGUCGCGUAUACGAGCGGCUGAUGGACGAAGCCAUGAAAAGCCCGCUAAACGCUAAACCCGUCAACGACAGCUUCCACAAAUACUUGAAGCCUUUCAUGCAGGGAAAAUUGUAAUUUCUAAUAUCGUUCUUCUUUCGCCUGCCAGGAUUCCAAACUAAAAAAAAGAAAUAAUUUUAUCUUUUUUUUUUUGGCGUCGUGAUGUCAAAAUGUUAUUAAGCCAAGCUAAUCCCUGACGUAAUAACAUUUAACAUCACGACGCCAGUCUUGUCGCUACUGUUGUUUUUUUCGAAAGGGAGAAAUAUAAUUGAAGCCGCACUGUCUGUACCAUGGAAUUAGUAGGUACUCCGUUGUACGUACCAAGUACCUACGAAUUCCAUGGUCUCUAUAUCAGAUGGACUGAGAAGUUACCAUAAACAUUUGUUUUCACAAAGAACGGCCAAACUGAUAUUGAAAAGCUGCCGUUGUACAAAAACGCUUAUUCAUAUAUAAUUUUUAUGACAACUAAGUUCUGUAACACAGUUUAAAGUUGCUAGAUUAUAAAUUACUUUCAGACACAGCAAGAACAAGAUAUUUGCGAAUUGAAAUUUGUGUUCUCACUUUUUCAAAAGGAACUUGGUUGUAAUUUGAAUUAAUUUAUUUCUUAUCGAAUUAAUAUAUUUUUUAAUGGUGGAUGUAAACUAGGCUUAGUAUUUUUUUAAAGAUCUUUUUUUAUUAUACUUAUUUAGUACUGUUAGACUAUAGUACAGCACAGAACACAGAAAGAAACUGAACACAAGCCUCAUCUGACCGGACCAAUAGCCACCAAGUGUAUUUUAUUAGUAAAAAUACUAAAGUAGCUACACGUGCUAUAAAAUUUAGUUCUUCUUUAUGUGUUCUGUGAAAAACAGGGUGGAAGAUUGAAUUUGAAUAGAUAUCUAUUUUUGUUCUAAGGUGAGUGGUAAUAAAUUUAGUAAUAUUUAAUCUGUGGUGGUGGAUGUCAGACAUUCCAUUUGUGCAAAGCAAUAUCCACAGUAUUACAUUAACAUUUCGCAAAAGAGAUUGAAUCUUGAGAUUGAAUUGAUGUAUUUUUUAAAUAAAGUUUUAUAUAUUGUU